AUGACACGCCAAAACGUCCCUGCCCGCCUCACUACUCCUGAGCCCUCAAUGUCAGACGAGCACAUCCUUUUCGAAAUCAACCAAAUCAGGCACGAGUUACGUAAAGUUAACAACAACCUAUCCCAAAUUCAAGACGCCUUCAAGAGCCCACCUAAAUGCAAACCACCAUUCAGAUAUAAGGUUGCCGCAUUGGUAGUCUUUGCUUGUUUGGCUUUUAGUGCUUAUAUGGCUGGAUUUGUUGCGGCAGGAGCGUGGAUUCCGAAGGGAUAUUAUGUUUUGUUUGUUGAGAAGAGAGAUACAGGGGAGCUUUAG